AUGCCUUCAUACUCCAAGAUGAAACAGGAGCUCGCAGGCUCAGCAGAUCAUGCAGCCCAAUACGCUCAUUCAGUUGAAAGCUUUGACAUCUAUACAGAAUUGGAUGAUUAUCUGUUUGACAAUUCAGUUGAUUUUGGAAAUCCUGAGGACGAUAAUCCUGAUUUGACGAACAGAUCAACAGCUGGCAACUUGUGGGAAUGUUUACGUUGUGGCAACCGUGUUUUUAGCUGGGACAAUGCCUCAAAUGAUUGGCAUUGCAAUGCGUGUUUCUCCUAUGAAUACUUUGACCCAACCUUGCCUGCCAAGAAGCAGACUGCGGGCGGUACCUGGGUUUUCAUGCCUAGAGGCUCUUCAGAGCCUCCCCAGGUCCCACCUUCAAGUGCUGCUUCACGACGUCGACAUCGAGCGAGACGACGUCGACGCGUUGGCGGCUCGAAUCCUGGGGACCCCGAUGAUGGGGAUGAUGGCCGUGAGUGGGCCGAGUCAGAAGUUCCAACCUUAGAUCCACCGAUGGAUGUGACCCCUGCAGGCUCAAACGUCGCAAACAAUCGUGGAAACCACCAAAAUGGCGGCGAUCCGAUUGCAGCGCUGACAGAUGCUUUGAGACAGUUGACGCGUGACAAUGACCGCGGACGUGGUCCAUCGACAUCAACGGAUUCUUGGGUGAGUGCCAUGGGUCCUCAGCGAGGUGUGAAAUUUCAGGGCGGAGCACCACCUGUUCCCCCGUCAUGGUCUUAUAAUUCAUCAGACUUGCGUGCAUACGAGAAGUUCGAGGAGAAGGUCCGAAUCUGGGCAUUACAUGCUAAGCAUUUCAUGACAGACUCGGAAGCAGCUCUCACCUUGUACACAUCUCUGAAAGGCGAAGCAGAACAGGAAUUGGAGUUUGUAGACAUCAAUACCAUCUAUCACAAAGACGGUGUCGACACAAUUCUGAAUCAUCUCAAGCAGGCUUUUCAGCAGAAGACAGUGUACAUUAAACGACAAUACCUUCAUGACUAUGAGACGAUUGGACGUUGGCCAGGCGAAACCCUGAGGACGUUCAUCAACAGGUACAGACGCGUGGAGUCCUCUCUGCGUGCAAUCGGGGUAGACAUCUGCCUGACCUACGACGAUGAAAGCCGUGGUUCCAGGUUGCUUGACAGAUCACGUUUGACACUUGAGCAACAGCGCUUGGUGCUUGUGGGAACAAAUCAAUCCUUGUCAUUUGAAUCAGUGCGUGCGGCAUUGAUGCUGCAAUAUCCAGAGCAUAAACCUUCACCUGCAGUUGCUGGUCGAGAUGCCUCAACAGCGCCCUUUCAGACGAAGGGGAACUCUGGCAAAGGCUCUUCAUCAUCCAGUUCCAGUUCGAACAGCCCGUCUGUAGCCAAUGGAAAAGGCAAGGGCAAGGACAAAGGAUACAAGCGGGUCUAUCAGACUGAGACCAUUCCUGAGGAAGCUCCUGAGGAUGACGCUGGAGAUGAGCCUGAAGCCGAUCAGGAGGCAGAAGACGAUGGCAACAUCCCUGAGCAGGAUGCUCAGGACAACGAAGAUGCCGAUGUGGAUGACGGCGACAUGGAUGUGGCGCAUCUCACUGAGGUUCUCACAGUCACAGCUAGAAAGUUGGCCAGUGUCACUCAGGGUCGAAAGUUUUCUGGCCAGCCUCGCAAGAGCAUCGCCGAGAAGAAGAAGACAUCAAUUUGUGCAGCCUGCGGACAACGCGGCCACUGGGCUGGUGAUGCGGAAUGUGACCAAAGUGGUUCGCAAGACGCGAAAAACAAUUCCUCAUCUACCUCUGCUGCCCCUAAGGGGAAAGAACGUGGCCACAAGGGCAAAGACGAUGGCGCUUCGAAAAAGGUGAUGACCGUCCACCACAGCACCGGGUUUGACAGCACGGUGGAAUAUUUACCUCAUCAUGCACUUUCACAUCCACAUUUUACAAUGGUUUGCACAGCCCCUUAUGUUUGCCUCUCCACAGUUUCUGGUGAUACAACUGGCUACAUGAUCAUGGAUACGGCUUGUCAAAGAUGCUGUUGUGGAACUCAAUGGAUUGCACUGCAGGCAGACAAGCUGGCAUCAUGGAAGCUCAAGGUCUUCGAGGAGGCCAGCCAUGAACAGUUUCAAUUUGGAGCAGGUGAACCGGUAUUGUCAACUUUGAAAGUUUGGAUGCCAUCAGCAAUUGAAAAGCAAUGUUUGAUUUUCGGUGUGAAUGUUGUUGAUACGAGUAUUCCUUUCCUUGGCAGUCUUCGUUUGUUGAAACGUCUGGGCGGUGUGAUCGAUUUGAUUCAGCAAGUGGUUUAUUUCAGCAAACUUGAUGUUACAACACCUUUGAAACGCAUUGGUGGACAUCUUGCGAUUGAUAUUUUGAACUUUCCACCACAGCCCAAUCGUUUGCGUGUUUGGUCACAGAUUUCAGAUGCUGGUUUCAAUGAUCCAGAAGUUGCUUCGGUGUUCAACUUGCAGCAAGUGAAUUUUGAUGAUGAUGACACCGCAACCCUGGCUCUUCCAGCAACUCGCUCUCAGCUGAUGCCUUCGAGCUCUGACUGUGACCACGAUGCACUACGACCCCGAGGUGAGAAAGCGCUGGAAGCAUCUAUGCGGAAAGCUGCUGAUGCUGUCGGUAACUGCUCUUCUGCACUUCUGACAGGCAGCCCGCCUUGGGUUGAUCCCCUACGACGACUACGAGAACUACCUCAAGAACCCCGAGAAAAUGAAGGACAAGAAGAAGAAACCGGGCACGUCCAGUCAGCUUCACAAGCCAUCGGCCACAGACACCUACCAGAACCAGCUCCAGGCUCAGUGCCCGCACAGGGAGUUCAAGCGCCACGGCAACAAGCACGGCAGUUUCGCGACAUGCGUGACUUGCAAGGCCAGAUGGGUGUGGGUCGGAACAGGCUGGAAGUUGCAUGGAUGCUCCUCCAAAUCAUCACUGCCUCUACCGUCUUCCUCAACAACAGUGGAUGGGUCAAUCCGUCCGCCAAUGAUGCCAGUGAUGGAAUUCCAAGCGGAACAUCUUCCUUUGACUGGUGCCAUGCCCAAGGUGCAGCCAGCACCAAACAACAAGAUUGGCAAGACCAGGUCCAGGCCUCCUUCCAUGACCUCUUCGGCAGCAGGACACAUGAAGCCAGAAGAGAUCCCAAUUCAGGAUCUGGAGACCUUCGAUCUGGAGUCCAACUACAGCUGGCUCCUGGACGACGCAAACGACUGACUGGUGAUUUGAAAAAGUCAAUCAAGAUCGGCGAGGCGGAAGUUUUGGUUUUGAACAACUUGCCCAAUGAGAGCUCCAAGACCAAUGCAGUUGACCUCCUCGAGCUCUAUGCAGGCGCAGCCAAAGCAACUCUGAUGGCCAAGCAGUAUGGACUCAAUGCAUUGGAGCCCUUUGACAAGAAUGAAGGAAAAGAUCUUGAUGAUCCCGAGCAAAAACGAUUGGUUGAACGAGCCAUUGAACGCUUCAAACCGCUGCUCCUGAUGCUGGGCUUUCCAUGCACCUUUUGGUGUCUGCUGAACGAGAACUGCAACUACUCUUGGAGGAUGCAUGAGCUGGAAGCCCUUCGAAAUGAACAACGACCUCUACUUCAAUGGACUUGCUACUUGAUUGAAAUACAGGUGGGCCUUGGCAACUUCUUUCUCUUUGAGAGCACUCUACGUUGCCGAAUCUGGGAUGAACCCUGCGUCAUAAAGCUUGCCCAGCUCCCAGGAGUUGUUGAAGUGCUUUGCGAUGCAGGUGCUUUUGGAGCCGCCGAUCGUGAUGGCUUUCCCAUUAUCAAGACCCACAAGUUUUUGACCAACAGCCCCAUUUUGGCUAGCUCACUCCAUCGACGUCUUUCAGCACAAGAACGUCAGGUGUGCAAGCCUUUGGAGGGCAUCAAUGUGACAGGAUCUCAAGAAUAUCCAGAUGCCAUGGUGCGAUCAAUUCUCAGAGCCUUGAAGGAUCAUGCCAGACAAGUGACUCCCAACCGUUUUGAAUACCACAAGGUUUUCUUUGCACAGCCUUUGGAUGAUGCAGAAGCUUGGAAGAAACUGCUGGACGACGUCCAGAACACCUUUGCCGGCAGUGCUGUGAAAUCCUUAAGAAUGCCAAAAGAUGCUGCCUUUACACAUCGUGGAGCUGCGCUGCUUUACGCCGAUCAAUCUCUCAGCGUUGAAGCCGAAGAUUUGGCCAAUGUGAGGUUCCCCAAGCAGCGCUUCACCAAGGCAGUCAACGCAGCCAUCCUCUUUUAUGGUUUGGUUGAUGAUGAUGGAUCUGGACCACAACAUCAACCUCAACUUGAUGAAGCUGAAGCUCGACUCCCAGUUCCUGGCUUGAGGACAGAUGUGACCUUCCCAACGGCGCCAGCCACCCUGCCGAAGGAAGUCAAGGCCUCAGUUGCGAGGUUGCACAUCAACACAGGCCAUGCCCACAAGAAGGAGCUGAUUCGACUUUUGGUGGAUGCAGAUGGAGCCUUUGAGGGCGAGUUUCGCCUGAAACUUGAAGAAGCCGGUGUACACCUUGUGGUGAUUCCUCCUGAGGCGCAUUGGCGCAUUGGCACAGUUGAGAGAAAGAAUGCCGUGCUCAGGACUGUGGUUGAGAAACUCCUUGACGAGAAUGCGGUGGUCAGUGGCGAUGGACUUGACUGGGUUUUGACUGCAGCAGUUCAAGCACUCAAUUCCACCACAGCGUCAAAAGGCAGAAGCCCAUAUCAAGCAGUUUUUGGCCGCCUUCCACGUUUUCCAGGUGAUUUGAUGUCUGAUGACAGAGCACUUGUCGUCUCCGACAACCAGAUGAUCGCAGAGGAGCUUAGAUGCCAAGCCUUGCGAGUCAUCGAUGAGACACGUGCCUCCCAUGUCAUCAAGCGAGCUUUGCUGAGGAAGACCAAGCCCAACAAGGAUGAAUCCAAACAGAUUCUUCCAGGAUCCUUAGCAGCUUACUGGAGAUGGACAAAAAGGUCUUCUGGAAAGAAACGUGGCGGCUAUGUUUUGGGCCGACUUCUUCACCAUGAUCCUGAUGGCAAAUCAGCCUGGCUACAAGCCGGCACGACCACAGUUCAGGUCACCUAUGAGCAGCUGCGACCAACUUUCGGUCUGGAAUCCUGGGCACCCAACAUGGCUGAUAUCCGCGCUCUCAAGGAUGCAUCCGUCAACAUCCAACAUGGACUUUGGCGUGACCAUCGCGGACCAGGACCACCGGAAGAUGAACCCAUGGAACCUGAGAUCGCACCAGCUGCUCAAGAUGCUGGAGACAGCUUUGAACGCAACGUGAGACAGCGAAUCCAGCCAGAGACACCACAGCUUGUGAUUGAUGUCAGCGACGGCAGUGGUUCCAAUGAACCCCCUCUUCGACCAGCGGGACAUGUCAGCGCUGACGGAAGUUCACAGCCAACACCACCGAUGUCAGGCAGUUCUGGAACCAGUUUGUCACUGUUGAGCAGACAUCGACAUGGUCAAGGCUGGCCUUACUACAGCUUUGUGGCCACCCAGGUUCCUGAAGAGAACUACCACCUUGUAGAGCGCAUCACAGAUGGAUGGGAUGGAAAUGUGACACACAUUUCACCAGUCACUUCCAAGGCCUUCAAGACAGCAAUUGAGAAGACCGGCGAGGUGGACCUAUCCAGCGACUCAUCCAACGAUGAAGAAGCCCCUUCCAUGGAUGUUAUGACGCGCCAAGAGCGCAAGGCUAUGGACCGUGAGAUCCCGUGGCGCGUGAUCGCCGACGGACCUCCUGACGUUUUGGAGCUCUAUGUCCAGGCCAACAAGAAGGAGUUUGAGAGCUGGAAAAGCUGGGGAAGCAUUUAUGCAUUACCCAAAGAGGAGAUUCAGAAAAUCAAGAACACACCAUCCUUGAAGAGACGCAUCAUCCCUUCAAGGAAUGCCUACCGUGACAAGUUGCGUGGUGCUGGCCCAACAAUCAAGGCCAAAUGUCGCACAGUGGUCUUGGGAUGCCAGGAUCCUGACUUAGCCACUCUGUCCAGAAGUUCACCUACGCCAUCCAAACUUAGUGAAAUGGUUUUGCUGCAGAUUGCUGUGUCAGGAAUGAAUGCCCAGGUUGAACUCACUGGGAAGAUAUGGCAUCUCUGGUCCGGAGAUGUGUCAACUGCUUUCCUUCAAGGAGAACCAGAAGAGAGGCCGCUUCCUAUCUUCAUGAGGUCACCGCGGGACGGCAUCCAGCGAUUGGCCCAAACAUUUCCCGACGAGCUCUAUGGCAUUGCAGGCCGACUUCAAGCUGAGUCCCUCACACCGGACGAAUGGAAAGAAUUUCGUUCAGUGGCUGGCUCUUUGCAGUGGCUUGGAGGACAAACACGUCCUGACCUUUGCAGCGCAGUCAGCCUUGCAAACCGUGGUGCUGAGACCAAACCCAAAGAUCUCCGCACUCUCUAUGACUAUAUGGAAGUUGCCAAGAAGACACCUGAUCUCGGCCUGACGUUCAACACAGUGCCUUUCAAUCGUGCAGCCGUGCUGAUUGGAUAUGGAGACUCCAGUUGGGCCAAUGCACCAGGUGGAAAAUCACAGAUGGGAAGCCUCGUUCUGAUUGCUUCGCCAGACUGCUUUGAGCACCGAGCCAGCGUUUCCAUUUUGGAUUGGAAGAGUGCUCGCAGUCCGCGAGUGACAAGAUCGACGUUGGCAAGUGAAGCCAAUGCCAUGGAUGAGACCGUGGAUAGAUGCACCUACGCAAACUACUUUUUGACAGAACUUCUCUAUGGUGGCACCAAAGAUGGAGAACCACGCCUUGAGAGAGCCCUUCGCCAAUUGCAAUGUACAGACUGUAAAAGCCUUUACGAUGCAGUGAUCUCAGAAAAUCCAUCUACCACUGAGAAGAGAACAAUGAUUGCGAUUCGCAGUGUGCAAGACUUUAUCCACGAAGAUGACUGCCGAUGGGUCCCCACAGAUGUGAUGUGGGCUGACGUUUUAACGAAAGAAGAUAGGUCAGGCGACAGGGCCCUGACCGUCACUGCCCCGGAGGGUUCUGGCGAAGUGCGGCAAAACGACCUGCGAAGUCGCGAUGAGAACGACAGCGCGGCAGGUGAGAUCGAUGCGGCCCUUCGCGAGGUCAGCAAAAGCACGCUGGAAACAGAGAAUUGGUAUCCUGAAGAUUCCAUGGAGUUGGACGCCGUCUUGGCGGAGGAGCUAGGCUUCGCGCAUACCGACUUGGGCAGAUGUCGCUUUCCAGAGAACUGCAUGUUGCAGGCGAUGCGCUCACCACAGUGGGGUCCCCGGAGCAUGUGGCGCUGA